GGGAGGUUCGAGGUUUUGGAGGUUGAAGGUUCGAGGUCACCGCGCGGUCCGUGACCGCACCGUGUUGGGACCCCCAAGACGAGGUUGAAGGUUCCCCGUGGCCAUUCUGGCUCAACGGCUCAAGGGCUAACUUGUGCGCGACGCGUGCUUGCUGAUUGGCCAUCACCCUGCCAGCAUAUGCCCGUGUUCAUGGCGACGUUUCCAGGCGGCGAUGUUGUCUUCGCCGAGCCAAUUAAGGACAAGAUGGCACGCCCCGGCUCCCAAGCCACAGAAAGCUUGGUCCCCACGCGGUGCCCGUCGACGGAGCUGCUGACCUUCGGCCGAAUCGAUGACGACCACGAUGCCACCGCGCCGCAGAAGGGCGGCGACGAGCCGGCGCUCCUCGAACCAGUCGUGUACCCGGGCAGGGGGUGGUCCGCGAUGGCAGCGGCGCAGAAGGAGGCCCCCCUCCGGCGCCUCCGGUCCGAGGCGUAUUGGGAAUUGAAGGCCGCGUCCCGCCAGCGGACGAGGUGCGCGCCCUGGGAGAUGGGCAUCAGGCAGCGCAGCGCGCUCUUCGAGGAGGACCUCCGCGGGACGGCGGCGGCCGCGAUGCCCGCGCCGGAAGACGCCGAGGGCGCCGCCGAGGGCGCCACGUGCUGGGCGGGUGCCAUCUCCCGGGAGCUGCGCCGCAGGGUGCGCGGGCCCGCGCCGCGGCCCCGAGCGUCUGCGGCCGCCCCCCCGACGUCGCGGGUCCGCUCGUGCAGCUGCGCCUGAGGCCCGCUGCGCAGGGGUCCCCCAGGGUGGGCUUGACGAUCGCCGUGCCGUGAUGAGGACCUGGUCGCGAACCGAGCGACCACGGCAGAGUAUUUUUCAAGCUAAUUACCUGCAUGAUCCGCAGCAUACCCUAUGAAUGACAAAUACCUGGUCGCGAACAGGGUGGCCACGGUAGCGGGGCAAGAUCUGUUUCUUUCAGGAUUGUGUGCAUGUCUCGUC